AAAGCACUUUUGUAUGUCGCGUCUCUGUAUAAAGACGUUUGCUAAAUGCUGUAAAUGUAAACGUAAAAUCAAGCAGCUUAACAUCCUUUAAAUUCUAAUCCGUCUCGGUUAACGAAACAGUUUUGGCUCACACUGCAUCGCUGCCUACCGCUUACUGUACUACUGAACUCCUGACUAUGAGUCUUUAGUAGAAAACCUGGUCAGAGAAAUCUCACAGCUCUCCUUCCUUAUUAUCAUCGUUCCAUUAUCACUCUCUGUGUCACUUAGUUACUGAUGUCGUCUGAACACGACACGUAAAACAGAAUCCUCCGUCUGCUGAAGCCAACUCGGAUUAAACCGUUACAACAUGUCGAACGGAGCGGAAAUGUCCCUGCUUCAAGACGGAACGAUGUGUUUUCCGGUUAUCAGAGCAGGAGACCUUGGAGAUACAACAUCAGGAAUAAAAAAUCUCUGUGCUUAAAAAGCCAACAAAGUGAAACCCAACUCUUUUCCAUAGACGGGGGUUAUUUCAGGUCAUAACAGCACGUUUUACCCAGACGUACGAACGUGACUCGUGUCGUAUGAUUUACAGGUCAUUGUGUCAUUACAGGUAGUGAACAAAAAUGUUUUGUCAAUAUUAUCGAUAGUGAGGAUUUUUUUCUACUGAAUCAUUUUCUUCUACUUAAUGAGUUAUAUAUUUAAUGGUUAAUUCUCUGUAAAUAAGUGCACACGUCACGUUGUUUUGCCGAGAUUUAAAAAAGGAAAUGAGGCAACAUUUCUUGGCCCGUCCCCGCUGUACGGAGUCCGAGGCCCGGGUCUGACCCAUUUCACCACCAAACAAGCAGCACUUUUGUGUCGCACCUGAAAAAGUCCUGAUGUUGUGAUCUGGCACAGUUACGGCUCCCUGUUCCCUCGAUUCAGACUUCCACACCUGACUGCUUUCUAAAUUACAGGCAAACUUAAGACAAUCUGAGCUGCAUUCUGUGUAGAAAAGCUGGAAAAAUUCUAUGGUACCGAGUCCAUCGUGUGUCUGUGAUUCUCUCGUCGACGAUCGCGUCAUAAAUGGAGGUUUUUUUUUUUUUAUUCCAACAGGCAUUUUUUUUUUUGGAAACAGAAUAUUUUGAAACAGCGGAAGAAACGAAGGUGUUAAAAACAGCAAGCGGAUGAAAGACUUCGGCAAAUUAAACGAAUCGAUAAGACGUUAUCGAUCCGACGAGUCGAUCUGAAUCGAUUCGAUUCGAACAAAAAAAAGAAUCGUUUACUGUAUGUAUAUUUUCCUGUCAUUGAUAUUCUUACAUUUAAUGUAAAUAGGAGAUUUGUUCGUAUACACAUAUAUUUGAUUAAGAAAUUGUAUAAAACAUAAAAGUCAUCGUUUAAACGAACGGAAUAGAAUCACAGUCACAAUCUCCAACUGAAUCGGAUGAAAUCAAACUAAGCGAAAUCAAAAGGAAUCAAUUUGUGGCACUUCAGAUCAAAGCGAAUGAAAUAGAAUCUCGGUGUGUCGCGCUGAACGGAAUCAGAAUUGCCUCAAACUGAAUCGAAUCAAACCCGAAUUGUGACGUCUUUACAGAUACCCUGUUCUGUUCUGUUUGGUCUGUCGUACACGUGACUCAUGCCUGAGUGCUCAGUGAGUCAUGGUUGUGAGUCAAAAGUGCUGCCUGAGCUCCGUUUCCAGCAAAAAAGCCUUCGUGUUAUUAUGUGGAGGAAUUCAUAACAUUACUGAAACGUAGCAUGUGUUAUGAUCACAAAGCUUCAGCGCUAUUUCAGUCCCACAGUAACCCUCAGUCAUCCCUCUCCCAUGAUGUCACACGCAGGAGGUUAUUAAGGCUACGCUGUGUGUGCUGAUGUACGCUGUUCUGUACUCAGCAGAUUAGAGAUGAUGCUAUGGACACACCUUUAUGGUCAGGUUACGGUUACGGGCAGAGCUAAAAAAAUUACAUCUGGUGGCAUUAUAAUGUUUUCUCAUUCGUCGCUGCGUUGUUCCGAGGUGAGUCCGCUCCGAUUUAACUAAACUCUCAUCGAGCCACAAAUAGAUGCUGAAGACGCUCUGAUUUAAAGACUGUAAGACGUCUGAGUCUGUAGGAUAUCGACGAGGCUGUUAUCGUAUUGCUGCAGGAACAAGAUGGGUAAGAAGCACGAGUGUUAUUUUCAGAACAGAUGGCUGUGGACGUCUCUGAUUGUUUCAGCAUUAAUGCCUGGAGUUGUUCUGGCCGGUAACUGGGUGGUCCAUGUUCCUGUGAACCCCAUCCUGGCCCCUCAGGGUUCCUCGGUGAUACUCCCCUGCACUUACGACUUCCCUGACGAGUCCGGCUCCAGGCAAGUUCAGUCUGAGAUGUGGUGUCUGAACGAGAUUCAGUGCAUCACACCAGCCUAUGUGUACCACAGUGGCAGCAUCUUCCCCGAUCCUGCGUACCAGGGCCGGGUCAAGUACCUGGGAUCGCUUGGCUCCAAGAACUGCUCUCUCAGCAUAAGCGACCUGACGAUGAAAGACAGCGGCGUGUACGUGUUCCGCUUCAUCACUAACCACCCUGUGAGCAAACUGCCGAGGCAGAGGGGCGUCACGCUACAAGUGACAGAUCCCCCAGUGAACACGUCAGUGACGAUCACCAGUUCAGGCCAUAUGGCCCUGGGAACAUCAGUCACCCUGUCCUGCUCCAGCUUCACCACCUCACAGCUGAUCACCUUCACAUGGUUCCAGAUGAACGGAACCACCACUUUAAGAGGAAGAGGAAGGAAGCUGACUAUAGCACAUCUCACUUCUAAAGACAGCGGCACGUACACAUGCAUAGCCCAGAACAUCUGGGGCUCCCAGAAUGCUACAAUUACACUCACCAUCCAUAAAGAAGAAGGAAGCAGUUGCUGUGCCUCUACCUCCACUGCUGCUGUAGUGAUUUCAGUCAUCCUUGUGCUCGCAUUAGUAACCAGCAUUGUUGUUUGCACUAAAAGACACGCUGCUUCAAAAUCCUUUCAGACGAUGCUUAUCGACGAUGGCAACCUGUGAUUACAGUGAGACAGCAGGAGGAGUGUGUUCUGUGUUCAUCUUCUGUGUUCAUAUUUAUUGUCUUUACUCUAUAGAUAUACAGUUAUAUGGUACAGACUACAGUUAUAUAUUACAGACUACAGUUAUAUGGUACAGACUACAGUUAUAUAUUACAGACUACAGCUAUAUGUCAUGUUAUUCUCUAAGAAUAAGUUGGGUAUGGAGUCCUGGCUGGAUGGUGUAAACAUGUCAUGAUGUAGUAAUGACCCAAUGUUGUGAACUAUAUAUAUAUAUAUAUAAAUAACAAUACAGAUGAAAUAAAUAUAGAGACUCCAA